AUGUCUGACGUCCACAACACCAUCGCCGCUCCGGCUGAAGCUCCUGUCGUUGCCGAGCCUGUUGUCAUCAAGCCCGAAGAGACCAUUGUCGACCCCGUUGAGGAGACCGCAAAGCCCAUCGUCGACGAGACUCCUGUGGCAGCUGCAUCAGAGCCCAUUGCCACCGAGCACGUCGCAACUGAGGCACCUGCUGUCGUCGAGGAGGUCCCCGUCGCCGAGUCUGCCCCUGCAGUCGAGGCUGCUGCUAUCGCCGCAGAGGAGACCCCUGCCACCACUACCACCACCGAGGAAUCGAAGGCCAUCGAGUCUGGUAUUCUUGGCUACAAGGCCCCUGGCCUGAUCAAGAGCUUGAAGUUCUCCAAGAGAAGCUUCUGGUUGGGUGAGGAGCCCGUUUCAGUCGACAACCUUAGCACCUACCUCCGUGGCGAGAAGCCCGAGACUGGCAAUGCUACCGCUGCCUGGUCAAGCCACACCGGCAAGGGCCUUCUCUACUUUGUCAAGCACGCCGACGAGAAGAAGCACCCCCAGGGUGUUUUGAACCUGUCUGAAGCAACUGACCUUGAGAAGGCUACUGGCCACGAGUUCACCUUCAAGAUUCACAACCACAAGCACGCCUUCAAGGCCACCAGCGAUGCCGAGCGCGAUGCCUGGUUCGUCGCCAUCGAGAUGGCCAUGACUGAGGCCAAGGCAAACAAGGACACCGUCACUUCCAGCGAGUCCUACAAGGAGACCCUCGCCGGCCUUGUCAAGUCUCACACUCCUCACACCGGUGCUGGUCGCAAGAGCAUGGACGCCUCCAGAUCCCGUGGUGCUUCCAGACCUCGUGCCACAUCCACCUCGAGCUCGUCUUCGUCUGAUGCCGAGGCCGCGGCAAAGAAGGCCAAGAAGAGUCGCUCUGCUUCUCGCAACGGUAAGCGCCACAGCCUCUUCGGUGGCAUCAUGGGCAAGAAGGCCGAGCACGAUGCUGAGAAGGAAGAGAAGAAGGAGGCGAAGGCCGAAGAGAAGGCCGUCGAGGCUGGUCUGCCCGCCACCGAGGCCGUCGAGGAGCCUAUUGUUACCGAGACUGUUGCGCCUCUCGAGGCCGAGGCCAUUGCUGCCCGUGUCAUUGACGCACCCGUCGAGGAGCUCAAGGUUGCCGAGGAGAAGCCCGUCGAGUCCAUCGUUGAGCCUACCCACGAGGUCCCUGCCAACGUCGAGGAGGUUCCCGUCGCCAACUCUGCUGCCCUUGUCGAGGCUGCCGCUGUUGCUGCUGAGGAGAAGCCCGUCGAGGUUGCCGCUGCCGAGGAGAAGCCUGUUGUCAACAGUGUCUCAUCCAAGCCUAUCGAGGAGAAGAAGAAGACCGAAGAGAGACCCAAGACCAACAAGCGUAGCAGCCUGUUCGGCGCUUUCUUCGACAAGGUCCGCAGCCCUACCAGCGAGAAGAAGGAGAGCGAGGUCGCUCCCGUUGUCCCUCCCAAGGAGACCUUUGUCUCUGCCGAGCCUCCCGUGCUCCCCGAGCCCACUACUGAGAACUCCAACCUCGACCCUUCCGCUGUCGAGACCACUCCUAUUGUUGCUGAGCCCGUCACCGAGGCCCCCAAGGAGGCCGAGCUUGAGGCCACCAAGGUCGAGACUCCUCUCGCCAGACCCGAGGCUGAGCGCAAGCAGAGCUUCUUCGACAGCUUGGUGAAGAAGGCUAGGUCCAAGAGCCCUGCUCCUGGCACCACCACUGAAGCUCCUGCCGUCCCUCCCAAGGAUGACGAGGUCGUCGCCGCUCCCGUUGUCGAUGCUCCUGCCGCCACUACCGAGGUCGUUGGUGAGAAGUCUGUCGAGGAGCCCAUUGUUCCCACUACCGAGACCAAGAUCGAGACUCCCAAGGCUGCCACCCCCAAGGAGAGCCGCCGCAAGUCCUACUUCGGCGGCUUCGGUGGUGCCAAGAAGGAGAAGACUGAUGUUGAGAGCCCUCAAGAGGACAAGUCGAUGCUCGGCAAGGUCACAGGCCUCUUCCGCACAAAGUCUCAGGCUGCUCGUCCCGUCAAGAAGGAGAACGUCGCCCCUACUGAGCCCGUUCCUGCCAUUCCCGCCACCGAGGCUGUCACCGAGCCCACCGUCGUCGACACCCCUGCCGUCGCUGAGCCCAAAGUUGAGGAGUCUGCCGUCGAUGCUGCCCUUCCCGUCAGCGAGACCCAACACACUCCCGCCAACACCACCGUGUCCGCCGCUGCGUAG